AUGCUGAUAGGUAUCAAAAUAACUCAAGUGAAAAUCUGGUUGAGUAGCCCCUUGUCAAAUGUUUUAUCACCAAAGUAUGUCGCGAAUCGUCAGCGAGUCAAGGCUAAGUCAAGUUCGUCUACACAAAAGACGGAAGUGCUGGAUGUUUACGAAGGAGAUACAGAAAAGUCAAAGCUCACUCUUGUGGACAAGGGUUCCCGUCCGAUCAAAGCGUUAUAA